UUUAACUUUCAUUUUCACAUCCUCUUCCUUCAACAACAACAACAAUAACAAUGGAAGAAGAAUAUUUGCAAAACGCUGGGAUCCGCGUCGUUUUUGGAUCACACACAUUCCAAUUCAUCAUCUUCUCAUUUCUUCAUUUUCGCGAUUGAUCGUCUAAACGACACCGUUUCCUUCUUCUUCUUCUUCUUCUUCCCCGUGGAAUUUGAACUCUAUCGCUUGGAUUGAUUUGAACUCUGUCUCGAGGUUAUUCAGGAUUUGAUUGUUAUAGCAUAUAACGAAGGAUUAUAGCGAGAAGCGCACAUUGUUGUUGUUUUGGUAUAAAAGUUGAGUCUAAUUGUUGGUAUUGAGAAUUUGAGGAUAUAUUACGAGGGGAAAGAACAAUGUCUGUGAGGAGUGAACACCAUCAUACCGUUCCUCUUUCGGUUCUAUUGAAGCGGGAGUUGAUGAGCGAGAAAAUUGAGAAGCCUGAGAUUGUUCAUGGUCAAGCUGGACAGAGUAAGAAAGGAGAGGAUUUCGCGUUGUUAAAGUCUGAUUGUCAGAGGAUGGUUGGUGAUGGGGUCUAUACAUAUUCCGUCUACGGGCUAUUUGAUGGACACAAUGGAUCUGCUGCUGCUAUUUAUUCUAAGGAGAAUCUUCUAAAUAAUGUUGUAAGUGCAAUUCCUCCGGAUCUUAACAGAGAUGAGUGGUUAGCAGCGUUGCCUAGAGCUUUGGUUGCUGGCUUUGUCAAAACCGAUAAAGAUUUUGCAGAGAAAGGACAAAAAUCAGGAACAACUGUCACCUUUGUGAUUAUAGAAGGAUGGGUUGUAACAGUUGCAUCAGUUGGCGAUUCCCGCUGCGUACUAGAAUCUUCUGAAGGAGGGAUUUAUUACUUGUCAGCAGAUCAUAGGCUAGAAACAAAUGAAGAAGAGAGGGUUCGUAUCACUUCUAGCGGCGGUGAGGUUGGUCGAUUAAAUACAGGGGGAGGUGCAGAGGUUGGUCCUUUGAGAUGUUGGCCCGGUGGCCUGUGUCUUUCACGGUCUAUUGGAGAUAUGGAUAUUGGUGAAUUUGUUGUCCCUGUACCAUAUGUAAAACAAGUGAAGCUGUCCACCGCUGGAGGCAGGCUUGUUAUCUGCAGCGAUGGUGUUUGGGAUGCUUUACCUGCAGAAGUGGCCCUUGACUGUUGUCGUGGCAUGUCAGCAGAGUCUGCUGCACCACAGAUUGUAAAAGAAGCUUUACAAGCAAAGGGACUUAGAGAUGAUACAACCUGUGUUGUUGUCGAUAUAUUACCUCAGGAGAAGCCACCUGCUCCUGUACCACAUCAAAAGAAGCCAGUAAAAGGAAUGCUCAAGGCCAUGUUUCGUAAAAAGUCUUCGGAAUCAUCAUCUAUUGACAAAGAAUACAUGGAGCCAGAUGUGGUAGUGGAGCUGUAUGAGGAAGGCUCUGCUAUGCUUUCAGAGAGGUUAGAAACAAAAUAUCCACUAUGCAACAUGUUCAAGUUGUUCAUAUGUGCAGUAUGUCAAGUAGAAAUAAAACCCGGAGAGGGUAUUUCAGUACAUGAGGGUGCAGAAAACCCUCAAAAAGUGCGCCCCUGGGAUGGACCUUUCCUUUGCUUUAGUUGCCAGGAGAAGAAAGAAGCCAUGGAAGGGAAAAGAUCAUUAGAUAGACUUAGCAGCGGAAGUGACGAAUGAGCUCUCAUGUAUAUUUGUAUUUUGAGAGCGCGAUCAAAAUUGUUCAUUCGACGGGAAGUUCAAACCUCCUAGCGUAGCAACAAUGACUCCCUUCUAUCAUCACAGGGGCUUUAUGGAUCUAAUUUGGAAUGCCUCGUGAAAAUACAUAAUGAAAACCAACGGCAGUUUGUUAGAAGAAUUCUAACAUGGAAGUGUAAUGGCAACCACCCAAAUUUUGUGAAAGGUUGAGUUAUAAGUGGCAGUUCACAACAGGAAGUGGGAGUUUAUUCAUUCUUUUUUACAUAUUUCUUUUUCUGGGAUCAGUUCAUUGUAUAUGGGUAAUUUGGAAUCACAUUUAUAUAGACCUUUAAUGAAAGUGGUCUUCCACAAUUGUAAUGUGAUAUAGGGAGUUUAAUUAGUACUCCAUUCAUAGAUCAAAAUUAUACUGUAGGAUAGCUGUGUGUACCUUUUGAUGAUUUAUUCUUUUAGCAUCUGAUUUUGAUAAUUCCUUUGGCCAUAUGAAGAUUGGGUCUUGUAGCUUUGUUGUUGCUCAUGAGAGCCUUUUUUUGUAAUAACAGUAAUGACAAUUUUAUAACCGUUCCAAAUUAAAUUUGAACAGUCA